AUGCUUUGGCGCGAUUCCCUUACAGUCCCGAACAGCAACGGGCUUCUCUCGGCAUCGUCGAGCAGCGAAGCGCUCAUUGGCGGUGCUGCGAUCCCCACUCUUUCGCCAACAGGAGAGCAGAUUCAGGCAGUUCGCCAGCACGCCGUGCUGAGGAAGAAGCGUCGCGAGGUGUCCACUGAGUGGCGACGACGAGCGGAGCUCCAGGGCCGUCCAUAUGAUACCGCUGAGCCUCAUCGUACCGCCGGACCCCGCAGUGGAAGCUUUUCGGCAUCUGAGACGCAGGCUCGCCAGCGACGUGCCUCGCUUGUGCAACUUGUCGUGCCCCGCCGCCCUGGCAAGAGCGCGACGACCUCGAGCCCGUCGGACUCGUCCGAGGAGUCGGAGCCCAACUGUCCCGCCAGGCCACUCCGGCGGUCUGACAACGCCAACCCGUUCGAGCAGGACGACACAGAUGAGGAGGAGACGGAUGAACAUGGCCGCCGCGUCGUGAGCUUCCCGCUUACCGUUAACGUAGGAGCACCUGAAGCCGAGCUGGCAACCGGUGUCGAACCGAAGCCUAAGCGCCGUCUCAGCGAUAUCUGGAAGGGUCUCGGAUUCAAGUGA